AUGACACAGGGGCUCAUCGCUCUGACAGCUAUAAGCGUUUUUCUGAGCGUGAUGGAUUCGGUGAACAACACUGCAUUCGUUACGGGUUUUCAAUUCACUGGUUUUCUGCUAUGGGCCAGUGAACAGUUCUUCUUCUUCUACAGGCAUAAUAAUAACAAUCAACGCCUACAGCAUCGUGUUACUGAGCGGGAAGUUGAGGCUGAAAUUUCUGAACGGUGGUUCGGAAAGAAAGUUAUAAUUCGUGCUGCGGUAAAACUUGUCUGCUGUCACUUCCCAUCAAACUAUAUCUCGACACGAAUAGCAGACAACAACAUCUCUUCCGUCUUCAAGACUGCUGCUCCGUUUGAUCUGAUGUCGAUGAAACAUACCACUUUAGCCACUCUUCGCUGUUCCUGCACUCAAAAAUAG